CGGAGGGGGAGGCGGCGGGGACGCUAGGCGGCUGUCCGCCGGGCUGAGUCAGGAAACCGCGGCCGGACUUGCCCGGGCCCGGAAGAGCGGGAGCCCGCGGGGCCGGGCCGGGCUGCGGGGCCGGGGAGCGCAGAGCCGGGCACCUCGGAGCCGGGCAGCGACACGGGAGCCCGGCCGCCCAGCCCGCGUCGCCGCCCCAGCCCGCCACUGUCGGCCGGCCCCUCUGGGAUGUCCGAGGGACCCAGGCGUCCGGGACGGUGAUCGAGCGAGCCCGAGGAUGGGACGGCGUCCGCAGCUGCGGCUCGUCAAGGCCCUGCUCCUGCUGGGGCUGAACCCAAUCUCCGCCUCCUUCCAGGACCAGCACUGCGAGAGCCUAUCCCUGGUCAGCAACGUCUCUGGACUGCAGUGCAAUGCUUCCAUGGACCUCAUUGGUACCUGCUGGCCCCGGAGCCCGGCGGGGCAGCUGGUGGUUCGACCCUGCCCCGCCUAUUUCUACGGUGUCCGCUACAACACCACAAACAACGGCUACAGGGAGUGCCUGGCCAAUGGCAGCUGGGCCGCCCGCGUGAACUACUCCGAGUGCCAGGAGAUCCUCAGUGGGGAGAAGAAGAGCAAGGUACACUACCAUGUUGCUGUCAUCAUCAACUACCUGGGCCACUGCAUCUCGCUGGUGGCCCUCCUGGUGGCCUUUGUCCUCUUUCUGCGGCUUAGGAGCAUCCGAUGCCUGAGGAACAUCAUCCACUGGAACUUGAUCUCCGCCUUCAUCCUGCGCAACGCCACGUGGUUUGUGGUCCAGCUCACCAUGAGCCCCGAGGUCCACCAGAGCAACGUGGGCUGGUGCAGGUUGGUGACCGCUGCCUACAAUUACUUCCACGUGACCAACUUCUUCUGGAUGUUCGGGGAGGGCUGCUACCUGCACACGGCCAUCGUGCUCACCUACUCCACCGACCGGCUGCGCAAGUGGAUGUUCAUCUGCAUCGGCUGGGGUGUGCCUUUCCCCAUCAUCGUGGCCUGGGCCAUUGGGAAGCUGUACUAUGACAAUGAGAAGUGCUGGUUUGGCAAAAGGCCGGGGGUGUACACUGACUACAUCUACCAGGGCCCCAUGAUCUUGGUCCUGCUGAUCAAUUUUAUCUUCCUUUUCAACAUCGUCCGCAUUCUUAUGACCAAACUCCGGGCAUCCACCACGUCUGAGACCAUUCAGUACAGGGCUUCUUUGUGUCUGUAUUCUACUGUUUCCUCAACAGUGAGGUCCGCUCCGCCAUCCGGAAGAGGUGGCGCCGGUGGCAGGACAAGCACUCGAUCCGCGCCCGCGUGGCCCGCGCCAUGUCCAUCCCCACCUCCCCGACCCGGGUCAGCUUCCACAGCAUCAAGCAGUCCACGGCGGUCUGAGCUGGAGGGCCAGCGGUUGGAAGAUGCUCUCCAGGCUCAGCCAGCUGCCCUGCCUGUGGAGGGGACCGGCCCCUUCUCACACUCUGUAUCCCCAGAAGCUUCUGGCACCGACAGCCUGGGGGACACGCCCCCUCCCCGACCCCGGCAGAGAGGGAGUUCCAGGCCUGUGAGAGCAGCCACAGUCUGGGCCCCGGGAUGAAUGGGAAAUCAUCUGUAGGAUUGGUCUGGGUCCAGGGCCUCUGGCUCCCCCGUGCCCCAGUCCUCCCUGGAGAUGGAAGGAAAAUGGAGUGAAAAUGGCCAGCUGGGAACCCAGAGCAGUACAUGGGUCCCUCCAGGAGGUGCCUUCUCCCAGAGCACAAGAGACCUGGGGCCUGUCCUCAGCAGCUGGGGGCCGACAAUCGCUGUCCUAGAGGAAUUAGGGGAAACUUUUGUGACAGCCUCCCAACCACUAUGAUGAUGCCUCCGGGUGUUGGCAAUGCCUUCCAGUACCAACUGGAACCAAAGCCAGGUUGCCAGAAGCCCCAGGCAAUGUCAUUAGAAAUCAGGUGACAUCAUCAGACCACAGGCCACACAGCAGGAAAUCCUCCCGAGCACCCGGACUUCAUCUGUGGCACUGUCGUCCGAAACGCCCUGUCUCCCUGCCUUGCACCUUGGACCUUGACUGCCCUGCAGGCCAGCAGGCUGACCCCCCUUUACCUCCACAGUAUUCACACCCUGCUUUCUGUCUCCUCCUGUCCCUGGUGUCUCCCCCUGUGUGGGAAGAUGAGGGUGGGAGGGAGAGGGAGUGUCCUGUGAGCAAGAAAUAGGGGGUGCCCCAGACAAAGCCAGUGUCCCUUUCAGGGGGCAGAAAAUACUCGGGGCCCUCCUGCCUGCUGGCCUCAGGGGUCUGGCCUCCAGGGGAGCCUCUGUGCUGGUCGCAGGGAAUUUGGGGUCCCCUGGGUGGCCUCUGGGGCAGCAUGAUUAGCUAAGCGGAGAUAGGAGAAGGGGCAGGGCACUUGGCUCCUCUCUGCCUGAGGGUCCUAGAGCUGGACAGCUGGCUCGUGGGACAACCAGCUAGCCCCCACUGGACCCUCCCAUAGCCAGAGGUACUGGGUCACUGGAGCCAGGCUUUCAGAGAUAACAGCAUCAGCUCUGAGGGGUGGCUGUUGUAAAUAAUAAUAUUUAUCUUUCCAACCA